CUCCACCCCCUCAGAGCCUGCAGCUUUACACCACCUACUGUUUCCACAUUUUAAGGCAGAUAUUUAAGUAAAACCAUCCUGAAGAUUUGCUGUCUACAUUUGCAGAAAACCAGAAGUUGAAUAUAAUUAUUGGCCUUCGUCAUCUAAAAUGAUAACUUGUGGACCAGUCUUGUCAUUUGUUCGGUGCAUUUUAAGGCGAAAAAUCAUCACUGUGGACAGCCUUGAAGAUUCCAAAUUAUGCCGCUGUUUAUCUACUGUGGACCUUAUUGCCCUAGGAGUAGGAAGCACCCUGGGGGCAGGUGUUUAUGUCCUUGCUGGAGAAGUUGCAAAGGCUGAUUCUGGACCUAGUAUUGUUAUUUCUUUCCUCAUAGCUGCCUUAGCAUCUGUGAUGGCAGGUCUAUGCUAUGCUGAAUUCGGUGCUCGUGUUCCAAAAACAGGCUCUGCCUAUCUCUACACUUAUGUGACUGUUGGUGAACUCUGGGCUUUUAUCACUGGCUGGAAUCUCAUUUUGUCCUAUGUGAUAGGGACAUCCAGUGUAGCAAGAGCAUGGAGUGGCACCUUUGACGAGCUCCUUGGAAAACAAAUCGGUUAUUUUUUUAGAACCUACUUCAGAAUGAAUUAUUCUGGUCUAGCUGAGUAUCCAGAUUUUUUUGCGGUCUGUCUUAUAUUACUCCUGGCAGGGUUGUUAUCAUUUGGAGUAAAAGAAUCUGCUUGGGUGAAUAAAGUCUUCACUGCCAUUAACAUCUUGGUCCUCCUCUUUGUGAUGAUAUCUGGUUUUGUGAAAGGAGACAUGAGCAACUGGAAGAAAACUGAAGAAUAUCUUAUAAACUACACAGUAUACAUAGAAAACCUAACUUCUUCUGAGAAUGUGACCAGUGCAUUUGGAGUUGGUGGUUUUAUGCCAUAUGGAUUUACAGGAACACUGGCUGGUGCAGCAACUUGCUUCUAUGCCUUUAUAGGAUUUGACUGCAUUGCAACAACUGGAGAAGAGGUCAAGAAUCCCCAGAAAGCCAUACCUAUUGGGAUUGUAACUUCCCUUCUGGUCUGUUUUAUGGCCUAUUUUGGUGUUUCAGCUGCUUUGACUCUUAUGAUGCCAUACUACUUAAUAGAUGAGAAGAGUCCUCUCCCUGUAGCAUUUGAAUAUGUUGGAUGGGGCCCAGCAAAGUAUGUUGUAGCUGUGGGAUCUCUGUGCGCUUUAUCUACAAGUCUCCUUGGAUCCAUUUUCCCAAUGCCACGUGUAAUCUAUGCUAUGGCGAAGGAUGGGUUGCUUUUCAAAUGUCUAGCUCAAGUCAAUCCCAAAACGAAGACGCCGCUUGUUGCUACUUUAUCGUCUGGGGCUGUAGCAGCUCUGAUGGCUUUUCUUUUUGACCUAAAAGCCUUAGUAGACAUGAUGUCUAUUGGUACGCUUCUUGCCUACUCUCUCGUUGCAGCUUGUGUUCUCAUUCUUAGGUACCAACCCAGUUUAAAUUAUGAGCAACCCAAAUAUUCCACAGAAAAAGAGGCUCUUGCAGGAUCAGAGAGGGAAUCAACAGCAAGUGAAUCACAAAUGAGUAUGUUGGAAAGUCACCGUUUCAGCCUCUUAACCUUGAUUAAUCCAUCAAGUCUGCCAACCGAACAGUCUGCCACCAUGGUCAGCUUUCUGGUGGGUUUGUUGGCCUUUGUGGUUUGUGGCUUAAGCAUUCUGAUCACCUAUGGAAUUAACUUUCUUGCUAAUUUGGAGCCCUGGAGUAUCAGCCUUCUUGCAGGUCUUGCAGUACUGCUUGGCGCUGUCAUACUUGCCAUCUGGAGGCAACCUCAAAGUCAACAAAAAGUAGCAUUUAUGGUCCCAUUCUUGCCGCUUUUGCCAUCUUUUAGUAUCCUGGUCAAUGUUUACUUGAUGGUGCAAUUAAGUGGAGAGACCUGGGCUCGCUUUAGCAUCUGGAUGGCUCUUGGUUUCCUUAUUUACUUUGCUUAUGGUAUACGACAUAGUACAGAAGGCCGCCCUCGGGAAGACGAUGAUGAAGACAGUCUGGAAGACCAUCUUGGGGAUGAUGACAGCUGCCUGGAAAAAAGUGCAGCUCCAGAAAAGAACCCUCUGAGAGGGCCCAAUGAGAACGAAAAUUCAAGUGAAAGUGCUCACUUUAUUACCAGUGAAAGGACAAGUGAAUGCUAACGGCUGCCCACUGCUGCAUCAAUGUGUGUCUAUUGAGCAAUGAACUGUAAAAGAACUGAGUUGCUAAAAGAAAUAGUCAAACACUAGCUGAUGAAGAAUUAACAAUAACAUACACUUUACAGAAAUGUCUCCUAGAAAGCAUGAAUGGUGAUCUAGACUCUGGUUGCUACAUGAGAUCUUAUCCAGGGGUAAUUUCCCUGUGGUGGGCGCUGUACUUCAGAUAACAACUAGAUGGUGAUGGGAAGGGAAAUGUUCAAGUUAGCUGAUUUGACUCUUCUGUCAUGCUAAACACUUCAGUGACUUUUUUUCUGAGCAGAGUCUGAUAUCUUGAAUUGGCAAUUGAUUACAACCAACAACUAAUUCCUUAGAAGAGCUUAAAGGUGGGCUGUCUGAAACAUCUUGGUUUGUUUCUGGAGUCAUGUGGUGGUGGUGUCUCAUUAAAUAUGUAUUAAUAACCUGGUAAUUAGACACAACUAUUCCACAUUAACAGUGGAUACCUGAAUUUUUUUAAAAAAAUGCUCGUGGUAGUAGCUGAAGAAUGCAAAUCACAUAAAUGUGGUGUAGCUUUACAACACUGUGUGCUGCAUGUUAAGAAUGCCAUGCAUAAUGCCAUAUUUGUGCAAUGGCUUGGAUCCACCAGAAAUUUCUGUGGACAGAAGAUAUUCCUGGUAAUAGAGCAGGAUUUCCCUUACUUCUCCCUCCUGUUGCAACCCAAAAUGCUGCUUCUGAGGAAAAGGGGACCUCUUCAGGAAUAGCCAUGGAAGUCUGUAACAGAAGGUGAGGACUGGCUCAAACAGUCCCAGUUUCUGUCCACAGGAAUCCUCCAUGAGAUCCAACCCAGUUUUCUUUUGCAAAUUAUGUAAGCAAUGGACAUUAUUAUGAAAAAUGGCAAAAGAACAGUAUUUAAAAAAAAUUAAUAACUUGUGCCUGCUGAUGUAAAAUCGUUAUUGAAAUAAUCUUCUGUCAGUGUUGUUCAAUGUUCUUCUUGUGAGUGAAAAUCAGCAGCCCAAGCGGUGGUCAUUAUUCAUCUAUGUAAAUGGAUUUUUUCUGGAUGAUGUGGCAAGUAGGGAAGUGCCCUGUGAUAUAGCUGAAUGUGUGAACCUUCUCAUGUGGGUUCCACAGGUACUUGACUGGAAAAAAACAAAACGUGACUCUAGCCAACCAAUUAUGAUUAUACAUUUCUGCAGCUAUGGAAUAUGAAAUUUCCAAGCAUGCAGUAUUCUCUCCCUUGCAGCACCAGGUCCUUCAGUGUCUGAUUUAGCAUUUUUAUAUAAAUCACAAAGAGUACUAAUUUAUUUUAUGGGAAGAUGGGUUUUAUCUUAGUAAGAGACCAAGUAAAUAUAGAAGAGAGGAACCUUCUGAUUUAAACUAUCUGAAAUAUAAAAGGUGGUAUUUUCAGGGAUGAAUAAUCCUUAGUAUGAAAUAAUAUUUUACAUAUAAAUGUUAGGUCAUGGGCACCUUCAUUAGGUGCAAAGGGGUCACUGGGUGGGAUGAAUAUGGUUUUUUGUACAUUGUCAUCACUUGCCCAGUGAAGAUGGCAGUGCGUAUGAUGUAUUUCUGUGUCACCAACUGUGAAGUAGUAGUGAAAAAAUGCUUUAUGUGUAGUUUGCACAUUGGCCUCUACAUGAAGCAGUAAGUGAACAUAAAACCGUGCAAUCAGCUAAGCCAGAGAUGUUCCAGAGCAUCAAUGUUCUCCUUCUUUGACUGAUCAGGAAAAAGAGUGAAAGGAAAAGCUAUGAUGCUCUUUUUGGCAGGAGUGAUACAGUUUAUCUGCUACCUUCUGGUUUCUGAGUAUUAGAAUCAUGUUGCUAUAAUUUUUCAAGCUUUCUGCUCUAAUGGUGAGGGCUAGAAACAUAUAUUUAAAAAUUCAGUCCAAAGUUUCAUAUCAGUAGUGUAAAAAGAAAAAAAGGAAGAACGGGUUCUUUUCACAUAUAACUUCUAAAAGCACCCUAGCAAUGGUUGCUUCCACCCAGUGGCGAUUCUCUGCUGAAAAAGCAGAGGCAUUCUUAGAGUAACAUACUCUUCCAUGCUCUCCUUACAUCAGGCUCCCAUGGUCACUACUCACACCGCACCACCAGCAGUCUUUUUCAGGCCUUUUUUUUUUAAAAUGGGCAGUUGCUCAGUUGAAGCAAACAACGUUGCAAUGAUCUGUUGCUGUGACCUACUAACUCUUCUGAAUUCCCAGCUUUCACUUUUAAAAAGUCAAUAGUUUUUAUAGAUAGAGGCAGUAGUUCCUUGUAAUGUUAUCUUGCUUUUGUUAGCAAUGGAACAGUUGUUGAUAUUUUUUAAAAAAGCCCCCCCCCCCCCAAGUCAUCCAAUAGAAAUGAGGAUGUCAACCCACAAUUUGGGCCUAGAGUUCUGGAAUUACAUCAAUCUUCAGAUUAUAGUUCCCUUGGGAGAAAUGACAGUUUUGGAGAGUGAACUCUGUGGCAUUACAGACUUGCUGGGCUCCCUCUCCUCUCCAGGCACUACCUACAAAUCUCCAGGGAUUUCCCAAACAAAUUUUAGGGUGGGGGCAUGGGUCCUGAGGCAAGGAAAAUGCUAUUGCAUGGGCAGGACCUUCAAAAUUAUGCACUUUCCCAUCCACACAUCAAGAAAAAGUACUUUGACUUUGAUAAUAACUUUCAUGCCAAUUGUUAGGAACAAUCAUGUCAAAGCAGGAGAAAACCUGGAAUGGGGGGGAUGAUGGCAUAUGGAUGCAUCAAAAGAAAAAAUCCUGCUCCAGUUAGGAUGCCAAAAUGGAAACAAAAUUCGCAUCUUGGAAGCAACCAAUGCUGAGCUUAAUAACAGCACUAAAUGACCAGUGCUUUUUAGUUUCAGGAUGUACUAGACUUGCAUUGUAAUUUUGCUUUUUAUACAUAGGUUUGUAAAUGGCUGAAAAUGAACACUUAUGGAAAUACAUAAUGCAUUUUUAAUGAGCAAUUUUUUAAUUAAAAGAAGAUUUUGGAUUUAUAUCCUGCCCUAUACUAUGAGUCUCAAAGCGGUCACAAUCUCCUCUACCUUCCCCCCACCCCACAACAAACACCCUGUGAGGUAGGUGGGGCUGAGAGUGCUUUUAUAGCAGCUGCCCUUUCAAGGACAUCUUCUAUGAAAGCUAUGGCUGACCCAAGGCCAUCUCAGCAGGUGCAAGUGGAGGAGUGGGAAAUCAAACCCGGUUCUCCCAGAUAAGAGUCCAUGCACUUAUCCACUACACCAAACUGGCGUAAAUGUUUUAUAGGGGCGAAAGGAUGCCCUGAUUGCUGCCAUUACUAAAUGUAAAUAGUUUUACAUUGGUAUCUCCAUAAUAUUAUGUUCUUCAUUCUGUUUGCUGCACUGCAAAUCUUUAAGACAAAUAACGUAAUGAGGAAAAUAAUAAUUUUAAUGUCAGUCACUAAACUUCUGUAGGCCCACCUGGAUAUAGAGUUUCCGGUGGGAAACUUUUGCCUCACAUAUGAUUGAAAGUCCUUGUGGCAUAACUGGGACAGUCUGGCCAAAGUGUCAUUGGAUUAUAGUUACUUUUAAAAGUUCCAUGAUGGAUGGCAAACCACUACAAAAAUAAUGGAAAACAAAUGUAAGAAUACCUAAUUAAUGUAGUGUGGUUGUGCAGUAUUCAUAAGAGAUGGCUCCUGUAAGAGAGCUUUCUUUGGGAACUUUGUUACAUUUUGAAAUACUGUUGCUUAACAUGACACAUGUCCAUUUGUGAAUUUGGCAAAAGUCGGACAUGGAUCCAGAUGUUGCAGGUUUUCUCCAAGGAGGAAUAAUUCUGUGUAUUACUGUUCACACAUUAUUAUGUUUCUUUGCAUGCAGAGAGUACCCAGUUGGCUUGGUUGAUCACAUCCAAUCCAUUAAUGGAAGCAGCUCCAUGCUUUCAGGGGGAUGUGUUCCUGACAAGCCGUGGCAUAUCAAGAGGCUCUGUAUCCAUGCUGGAGCUCUGCAUAUACAAGAAACCUCUGAAUCUAGGCAUAUAAUUAAAUUACAGCUUUAGAAAUGUGUACGUGUACCUGUGUCGCAGGGAAAAAAUAACGUGAAAUAAAACAGCCCUUAUUCCUCAGAUUCUGGAAGUUGUUUAAUAAAAGUAUCCAGCUAUUUGAAGGAUACUUUCAAAAGAAAUUAUGCUGGGAGGUAAAUAAACAGUUUUAAUUCCCAAUUCUAAUUCCUAGCGCUUAUAGCAAAGUCUAUAAAUAAUUUUUAAAACUUUUUUUUACUUUGUUGUGAAAUUGGGGAAGGCGAAAGUGUAUUAUUGUGUAGUGUUUUUCAUCAUUGGCUCUUUAUCCUGGCUUUAAAAUAUCAUUAGUUUUUUAUAUAUAUAAAAUAAGAGGAAAAAUUAACUCUGCUGUGUUUUCUUGCUACACUUUCAGCAUUUUAUUUCAUAUAUUUAUUUUAGCAGGAAAGUUGUAGAUUAGGAUUACUUAGCUUUAUAUGAGACAUGAAAUAAAUUCAGAAAUGCUUAAGCAUAGUUUUGAUACACACUUAGUAUCUGUGUAUAUAUGUUCUGAUACUUUUCCUUAUAACAGUGAAAAAUUCUGGUGGAAAUGUGCAUAUUCUAGAAAUUGUUAAAACACUGUAAGAGCUGGUGUACAGGCUUUCAUAUCUACAUAAGUAUUUAAGUAUAAUUAUUUACUGGAUCUUUUUCAUGUAUGAGGUAAAUUUUUGUUCUUCUGGACAAACAAGAAACUUCAAAAAUAAGAUUCAUAACAGGUUUCUUUAAUCAAGCCCUUUGUUGUUUGAUUCAUAUAAAGUGAUUAUUUUAAUGAUGCAGGAUUUCUCAUACAUGCAUAGAGCUUCUAUCUGUAUAAUGGCUUCAUGUUAGGAUUUUGAAAAAAAGUAGCUUAUUUCUUCAUACAGGCAUAUUUGAAAGUCCAUAGCCUGAAAUUUAGCGGUGUUAUAAAAGAUGGUGGGGGUAAUUCUUAUGUCAUUUUGUAACCAAAAAACCCCUAAGCAUAUAGGUUAUUUACCUGCAUACUUAAUAGACUGCCUGUAUCCCUCCAGAAAUAACAAAGCCAGAGCUGCAUCACCCAUUACAAAAAGAAAUGACCUUGAUAUACGUCUGGUGAGAGUCAGGGUAUUGUAGUAGUUACAGUGUCACACUAGGGCCUGAAUAAUCCAGGUUCAAAUUCCUACUCUGCCAUGGAUAUUGAGUGACCUUAGGCCAGUCACACAUACUCCGCUUAACCUACCUCUCAAGCAGUAGAAAAAGCAAGUAACAAAAUUUGUGGCAGGGUAUGAGCUUUCAUGAGUCACUGCUCACUUCAGAUUCAGUGCUGUAUCUGAAGAAGUGAGCAGUGACUCACAAAAGCUCAUAAUCCUGCCACAAGUUUUGUUAGCCUUUAAGAUGCUAUUGGACUCUUGCUCUUUUCUACUGCUACAGACAGACUAACUACGCAUCUUGAUCUACCUCUCAAGGUUGUUGUAGGAUUAACGUGAGGAGAGGAGAACGACGUAAGAUGCUUUAAGACCCCACUAGGAAGAAAAGCUUGGCUGAAAGUGAAGUAAGCAAAUGAAUAUGUGAACACACAAGGAUCUUUAGAUUCAGUAGGCUGAGGGUUUUUUUCCUAUCUACUCAUUCAAUGAUAUUUCUGUAUCCUUCUCUUCACCUGAAGAGUUCAGAGCAAUGGUUCCUCCCCAUACCCCAUACAACUCUGAAGAAUGAUAAUGACUUGGCUAGGGUGAGAAAGAGUGACUUUCUGGAGCCCACCCUCAGCCCCAAAAUUGAGUAAGAAAAUAAUUUUUCCCCAGUAAUGUAGUCAAAGGCAAUUAUUUUUUCUGACUACCAAAAGGCUUAAGCUAAAGCAAUUGUGUUACUGUCUUAUAGUUCAACAUUAAAAACAUGAAUGCCCCAAUAUGUAAAGUAAUUUGUGUAAAUAAACUUGCUGCCUACGUCAACAACAGAUCAUAGGUGAUACAUUUUAGGUCCAAAGAGCCAUUGGAUGUUGUUCAAAUAAAAGAAAACCCUUUUCAAACUGAAUGGCCAUUAUGAUCAAUGUUUCUUUUUUUAAUUUGAUUUUUGUAUGUGACCAAUUCAAGUUUCAUUCUUAGAAUUGCCUUAAGGCAACUUUAUCAAAUAAGUAUAAAUUGAACGUGUGUUGUGUUUAUGGAGGAUAAACAAUGGUCAACAAAAAUGGACUCCCCAUGCCCUUACUGCAGAUAAAACACUCAUAUUACAACAUUGGAAAGAUAAAUGUUCACCUGUGGUAAAUUAAUUGUUGAAGGUCUUAGAAUUCUAUCAGUAUUUGAACAUAUGGUAUAUAAAUGACAAUUUUGUAUGGUCUUAUUUGGAAACCUUUUAUAGAAACCUUCCUCCUUACAUCAGUUCCCAUCCUUGCAAGUUUUAUAAUCUUCCAAGUUGCAUGAUCCCAAGCAUAGCCUUUUUUGGGUGGCCAAAGGGGACUCUUUCCUCCCUCUCUUUUUUUUUAACCAGUUGAAAAACUGGUUGAGCCUAAUGCAUUAGUAAAAGGUUGAACUAAAGUGGCCUACUUAUGAGUAAGCUUGUUGCACACAGCUUGACCUGACAGGCCAUGGAUAGGAUCAGUCAAAGCAUUUCCUUCACUUCUGUCUUGAGCAAACUCCUAGGGAAAUUUGCUGAGUCAGGGUUGAGAAACUCACAGAUCGCUACACAAAAAUACUUUUGAGUGUUCAUUUUUUAAAUCAAAAAGAUCACUUACGUUUGCUGUAUCACUGUGUAUAUUGUACAUUGUAUUCUAUAUUGUUGCUAUGUAAAUGUUAUUUGCUGUUGUGCACAUAAAUGGGAUAGAUCCUUCAGCUUCGGUACAAGAUGUUUCAUAAUCUGCUAGAGAAAAACCAGCAUUUUAUUAAUGUAAAAACGUGUUUAGGUGCAAAGGAAUAAAACUACGUCUUGGUGCUUUGGGUUUUUUCACUUUUACAAGAAAAUGUUUGUAGUUUUUAGUUACUGUAGAUUGGAGAAGAAGUUUGUAUGCUGCUGUUCACUGUAAAAAGGCUGUUUAGGACAAUCUUUUGUUCUUGUAUUUUUUAAAAUAAAGAUUAAAAUUGUAAA